AUGGACUCGAGAGACGAGCAAAUUAGAAAAGCAAUAAGUGAAGCAGAUUUGAACAUGUUGAAACAACUAGCGACGACUGGACCAGGUUUUAUAAAUUCGGAAUUUCGUAGCGAAUGCUGGCCAUUGCUUUUACAAUGCGCAAUUGACGACGAGAAGUUAGCAAAAGGCCGAGCAGAAGAGAUUUCGUUAAAAGAUCGACAGCAAGUAGAAGCUGAUGUUAAUCGUUCUUUUGUUCACUUUCCGAAAGGAAUAUCUUCCAAAGAAAAAUUAGAAAAGAUAAAACAACUACAAGAAGUAAUUAUAACAGUUUUGAAACGGCAUCCGGAAAUUUCUUAUUAUCAGGGAUUUCAUGAUGUAUGUUCGUUCCUGCUACUGAGCUUGGGUGAAGAAACAGCCAUAAAAGUUGCGGAACAAAUAGUGCUAGGGCCAUUGAGGGAUGCGGCACGUGAGUCUUUAGUGCCUUUCAUGCAAAACCUUACUUUAAUAGGUGAAAUAGUGCGCAAAGAAGACACGCAAUUAUAUGAUUUUCUCGUAGCGUCGGAAGUUUUUCCCGAAGCGAUUUCAUGCAUUAGCUGGCUAAUGACAUGGUGUUCGCAUAAUGUAUACGAUUUGGACAAACUAGCACGAAUAUUUGACUACAUGAUCGCGUCGAGCGCGUCAAAUACGUGCGCAUAUUUCACUGCAGCAGUAAUAUUAAGCCGAAAAAACGAGCUUUUAGCAUUUAACGAUGACGAUUACUGUCUUUUACACGGGCAUCUUAGCAAAUUCCCACAAGAUGCCAACAUCGAUAGUCUCAUCGAAAAGUCUGUAUCACUACAAUCACGUCAUUCAUCCGAAAACAGACUCGACAAACUAUUCAGUUUACUCCUCUUUCCAAAACAAUUCUGGUCCUCGCAAAUCGAAGAAUUACGCGACAAAGUCUCGGACGCUCUGAAAGCACUUGGCUGGUUUCUUUUUGGUCCACCGAGUGGAGACGUUUUUCUCGCGCUCGAUCAUUGGUGGAGUAAGACCGAUAAAAUUUUCGGAUAG